AUGGUGAAGGAGUUAAAAAACAAACAUAACUUGAGCUUGAUAGGUUUGAUUGAGACUAAACGGCAGGUUGUGACGAGGCUUGAUGUUGGGAGGAUCUGGGGAGGUAGUGGGGCGGGAUGGAAAUAUGUAGGGUCGGACGGUGCAUCCGGUGGUCUCUUGAUGAUUUGGGAUGAAACUUUUUUUAAACUAAAUAACUGCUAUAAGGGGGAAAGGUGGUUAUGCGUUGAAGGUGUCUUGCUGAAGAAUGGUUUCAAUUGUGCUUUUUUCUUGAUCUAUGGUGCGCAUAGUAGAGAAGAGAAGAGUCAUGUGUGGGAGGAGCUGAGUUACAUUGCUGGCCUAUGUCAGGUUCCUUGCUGUUUCAUAGGAGAUUUUAAUGAGAUAGUGACAGUGGAAAAACGAAAAGGGACUGCUAGUUUACCUCUGUCUGCAGAUGAAUUUAGGAGUUGGAUCCAAGACAUGCACCUAGUGGAUCUGCCGCUUACAGAUCGCAAGUUUACGUGGUUCUGCGGCCGUUCAUGUAGUCGAAUUGAUAGAGCUAUGGUGAGUGUGGAAUGGCUGGAGGAGUUCCCUGAGACCCGAUUAAGGGGCGGACCACGGGGUUUGUCAGAUCACUGUCCUAUCAUUGUGGAAGAUAAAAGGAUGAGCAGAGGGCCUAUGCCUUUUCGGAGUCUUGAUUUGUGGUUUACACAUGAAGGUUUUCUUAGAAUGGUUAAGGAGGAAUGGAGAAGUUUGGGGGAGCUAGAUUUCACAGAUAAAUUGAAGGCGUUAAGGGGCCCUUUGGGACGAUGGCAUAAGGAGAACUUUGGUAAUAUGGACAAGAAGAUCUCGAAGUUUGAGGACGAGAUUAAAAAGGUGGAUGAUAUGGUAAGUAAUGGAGUGUAUGAUGGAACUAUUGAGGCUAGGAGAAAGGCACUAGUUACUUGCUGUGAGAGGUGGUACGUGAGGAAAGAAAUUCACUGGAAGCAAAUGUCUCGGUCUCGGCAAGCAAAGGAUAUGGACAGAAACACAAGAUACUUCCACCAUAUAGCAUCAGCAAAACGGAGGAAUAAUCAGAUUGAUACUUUGAUAGUCAAUGGCAGACUGGUAAGGAACCAAGCUAGGAUCAAAUUAGCGAUUAAAGGGUUUUAUAAAGAUCUGUAUCAUCAGGAGAGAUCUCAUUUGUUGGGGAUUAGAGAUGGUCUAGUAGAAAGGAUAGAUGAGGAAGAGGCUGCAAACUUGGAGGUGAUACCCUCAGCUGAGGAAAUCAGAGAGGCAGUGUGA